ACGGGAGGUUUCUAGUUUCUACUCCACCGAAAGUUCAAAGUUCAGAAUACGUUGACCUGGUGCUGCGGUGCAUCCUGACAAGCCUGAUCAGAUUCAGAUCAAACGCUAAAGAGAAAUUACCAUUAAAAUCUUAAGUUACGUACGCAAAGACGCAAUACCAACGACUGUUACUGUUCUACCAGUCACAAGAGCAUAAGCCCGGAGCUUUCGAGAGAGAGGGAGAUGUCGUGCUUGGCGUCGUGCUGUGCAGCUUUGACCUGCGGUCUCUGCACCUCAGUGGCCUCUGGGAUCACCAAGCGCUCGGCCAGGCUUGGUUACUGUGGUCUCUUCGGUAUAUCGUUAAUCGUUUCCUGGAUUCUCCGGGAAGUCGCGUCUCCUCUCUUGGAGAAAAUCCCAUGGAUAAACACUUCUGGCACUCACACAAAGGAAUGGUUUCAAAUACAAGCAGUUCUUCGUGUGAGCUUGGGGAAUUUCUUGUUUUUUGCAAUUUUGGCUGUUAUAAUGAUCGGCAUAAAGGACCAAAAUGACAGACGUGAUUCAUGGCACCAUGGUGGAUGGAUUGCCAAGAUGCUAAUCUGGCUUUUGCUGGUAGUCCUCAUGUUUUUCCUUCCUAAUGUUGUCAUUUCGAUCUAUGGUACUUUAUCAAAAUUUGGAGCAGGGUUAUUUUUAUUGGUUCAAGUGAUUAUCUUACUAGACUGUACACACUCAUGGAAUGAUGCUUGGGUUGAGAAAGACGAGCAGAAGUGGUAUAUUGCUUUACUUUCGGUGUCAGUUGGAUGCUACAUUGCAGCAUUUACGUUCUCAGGAAUUCUGUUCAUUUGGUUCAACCCUUCUGGCCAUGACUGUGGCCUCAAUGUCUUCUUCAUUGUCAUGACCAUGAUUCUGGCAUUUGCAUUUGGAAUUAUUGCAUUGCAUCCUACGGUGAAUGGCAGUCUCUUGCCUGCUUCUGUGAUAUCUCUUUAUUGUGCUUACGUGUGCUACACGGGUCUCGCCAGUGAACCUCGUGACUAUGUAUGCAAUGGACUGAGUAAUAAAUCAAAAGCAGUCACCACAAGCACUCUUAUUCUUGGGAUGCUCACAACCGUUCUGUCUGUUCUAUACUCUGCUCUUCGUGCUGGAUCUUCGACAACAUUUCUAUCACCACCAUCUUCACCCAAGUCAGGUGAGAAGAAACCUCUUCUUGAAGCAGAAGAGUUGGAAGGAGGAAAGGAAAAGAAGAAGGAAGCAGAAGCACGUCCAGUUACUUAUUCCUAUACCUUCUUCCAUCUGAUCUUUGCUUUGGCUAGCAUGUACUCAGCUAUGCUUCUUUCUGGGUGGACCAACUCAUCCGAGAGCUCUGACCUGAUAGAUGUUGGCUGGACAUCAGUUUGGGUUCGGAUCUGCACGGAGUGGGUUACCGCCGUGCUAUAUAUCUGGUCUCUUGUGGCUCCUCUGAUUUGCCCUGGUCGUGAGUUCUUUUAGGCCUCCUGUUCAUGAUAUAUCUAGCAUCCAGAAUCUGUUAUUAUGUGGUGUUUUGGGUAAUGGAGUAUCAUGUUGAUGUGUCUUAUUUUCUUUUUUGGGGGUUGGAAAAAGAAAAAAGGGAUGAGGAGAGGGAGAAGGGGUGUUAGGUCUGUCAAGUGUUGAAUCCUUAUUGUACUUAGCUUUGCAUAUAUGAUAUACCCGAGUAAAUCCGUCUGUCACGUGACUUAAGUAUAAUCUUCACCAUGUGUACAUAAGUUCUUAGGUACCUUAUCUUUUCAACCCGGUUUUCACAAGUGAAGUCUACUAAAGAUUUGUACCAAAAUUUUUUUCCGUUCUUAAAAUUUGAACUUAAGUUUGAAA